AUGGGUGCUGGCGUCUUCGGACGCUCGCGGAAACCAAAUGUGAGGCGGGAGCCGCCCCCGCCUCGCGGCCGACGCCCACUCCCCCCUCGAAAGGUACCGGAUGCCCGCCUGGACUGGGCCUCCCUCCGUCCUCCGCCCCUGCCGGCAUGCGCGGCCCUCAGCCAGAGGCCGGGCUCCCAGGGGCGCGAUCCCUUUGGUGGUACCUGUGGCUCCGGUGACCCAGAACAGUUAGGACCACCUGUCUUGCCAACCAAGUUUCCAUCUCCCCGGCUGGCAAUGGGGAGAGAGAGGCGGGAAGACAUCGCAGGCGCCCGAAAACUGCUCGCGUCCGGGAUCCGCGGGCGCCGCUGGCCAAGGUCACUCAAGUCCGGCGAGCGAGCUUUCGGCCAGCUGGAGAGCCGGCCCGGAGGGCAGGUGGGCGGACGGCGGCGGCGCGGGAGGGAGCGCACGGCCAGAGGCCAGUGCUCAGGCGCGGGGCGCCCCCUCCCGGGGCCGCAGAAACCCCGGGGUUACCUGGGGAGCCGGGCUUUGUGGGCCGCGCUGGCUGUCGGCGGCCCCAGAACUAAUUAA